AUGAGCGCAGAUGGGACCGACGAAUGCACCAUGUGCAACAAAAUUGGCGCACGCCUCUGCAAAGGUUGCCAAAGCGCUCGCUACUGUUCAGUGUCGUGCCAGAAGAAGGAUUGGCCAACUCACAAGCUCCUGUGCGCAACCUUCUUCGCCUUCGACAAUCCUAGCCGACCCAGCAAGGAGCAUGUUCGGGCCAUCUUCUUUCCUGUCGACGACAAGAGGCCUACGAUCGUCUGGCUUCACUGCGAGUGGGGUCUUCACGGAUAUCAGCAUCCUGAUGCAGAGCCAUUCCUUGGCCUGGCAGUCUAUGAAAGACACGCGUCGAUCCAGCAGAACCCGACCUUGACGAAGACGCUGUUGCACACAAUCAAGCUCGCCUAUGACGAUGACCACCUCAACGACGACGACAAGUUCCCGCGCAACAAGAGCAUCAGAAGCAUCACCGCUACCAGGCCUUGGCCUGGAGAGUAUCACGACUGGCGGGGCCCUGUUCUAGCGUAUGGCAAAGUCGGCCUGGGUGUCGAUCAGGCCGCCUGCAGGGACAUCGAUGUGGUUGACUUCCGCCACAUUGUCGACUGUCUCAUGUCGUACGAUGCCAAACCUGAGUACCUCCGGCACGACGCCAAUUCAUCCAAACCCUCCACGGAGAGCUCCGACACCAAGAUCUUGGGGGUCAGGAUCAAUUGUGUUGGUGAUCAGGGAACCUGCAACAGACCACAGUUCGAAGCGGUGGAGCUCUCACCAAGCGACCCCAUCUUUCGCGAACACGACACUUCCGACACUGCAGACCGUAUCGGGCUUCCCAUCUUCACGCGACGUCUCCCGCCGGAUCCGAAAUGGUUGGCCAAAACGCUCCUCGACGGUCCUAAGGGUUUCGAAAACGUGGACGCCACCAGGCUUCAUCAUUGCUUGGAUCUGGAAGCCGACUACGAUCCUGCCAGUGGGAAAUUGGGUUGGGGUUGGUGCUCGAGCCAGUGGCAAAGCAGGGUCGGCAGCACUAUCAUCGUGCGACAAGACAAGAAACCGCUGUCGGUAUUGCAUGCCGAAGCCUUGUACCGAUAUUGUCGCUUCGACGUCGGUCCUAUUCUCGCGCACACGUUGGGAGAGUACGCCCCUGAUAAGCGGAUGAGCAAAAAAACUGCCCUGAGGAUAAUAUGCCGGCCGAUGUUAUGCGAUUCUCUGGUACAAGCUGCUUGA